AUGUCGAACCCUACCGAAAGAGCCGCAGAAGAUAAUUACGAGAGAGAAAAUGAUCCUUCGCCCGUGACUGAGGACUUCACAGAGAAUUCAUAUGCCGGAGAGCCCAAGUCAAACUUGAGAGAUCAAGUCCCCGUCCAAGAAGAUGAACAGUCAUUUGAAGAUCCAAUGCAACCUCCAUAUUCCAAUUCUGAUCAGCAGCUUGAGGAGGACGAAAGGGAAGCAAUCAACAAAUCCAAUAUCAUGAGGGGAGAUCGUCUUCGUCAUGCGAAGCCUAGAACCAUGAACAAGUACAAUGAGGGGCCAGAUGAAAGUGAUCUCCCAGCCGGGCUUGAGUGA